AUGUGGAAAGAACUCACCACCCUGCCUCGACUGGGCCAAUCCGCCCUCCGAAACGCCUCCAGAGUCCAAAUCCAAACCCGGACUACAGCGCCACGAACUCUCCCUGCCAUCGCGCACGGCAGAAGCUUCCAUGCAUUCUCGGCCCUGCGGACCACGAAGGAGCAGAAGGGCGAAGAGGAUCGAACGCACGAUCGCCACGUGCUGGAUCCGCAGCGCUCGGAAGUCACCAAAUCCGGUACAGAUAACGAGGUCGCCGCGCACCCUGCCGCGUAUGACCCGCAUCGGACGUCGCCUGAAAGCGAGAUCGCGGCCACCGAGGAGGAGUCUCAGUACGAAGGAAAAGUGAGCAAUCCGCUGGAUAUGAGUCCCGCGAAUAAGGAAACGAGUAAGGCGCGGCCGCCGAAGGAAGGAGGCGCCGUUCGGAAUGCUGAGAAAGAGAAGCCGAGCUCGAGAGGGUCGGCUCGGAAGCAUGGCGAGGUGAAGGUGGGAAAGCAAUAG